UUUUUGGUCCCAGUCCCGGCUACCGGGACCGGGACCGGGACCGGGACCGGGACCGGGACUGGUCCCGCACAUGUCUACUCAAGAUAUAUCAAAUCUGUUGAUCGAAGUUGUUCAUGUGUUUUUGAUUUAUUGGAAACAAUUGAGUUUAUUCUGCGUUAAAUGAAACAUAAUUUUGAUUGAAUUAUUUUAGAAGGGGAACAAAAAAAUAAAUUUUUUUUUGUAUUAUUUUGUUUAGACACGAAGAGUAUUAAAUGUUCGUGAAAAAAAUCCAAUUGAUGAACAUCUAUUAAAUUAUGAUGAAUAUAAUCCAUUUAAUAUUUGUGCAGCAUCCAAUGUACCACAUUUAUCGUAA